AGUCGCUCCGUUGGUUUGAUGGUACCUGUCCUAGGAAGAUUACCAGUAAAUGUCAUUUCAUCUGUUCUUACAAACAUUCUCCGCUCACAAAAACUCAAAAGAAUAUCAUCUGUCGGCCAAGAACUGUGUGGAGCUGAUUCGGUUGAUGUGAUGAACAGCUCAGGAUCGGAAGGGCCUGGAGAAGAUGCCUCUGUGGAGUUUGUCUACUGCAGAGGGGUAGUCACAGAGCUGCUCAAAUAUGGACCAAAAGACCUGCAUACCGCCAGCAAAGGCCCAAACUCUCCCAAAACACUCAUUCUUGUCAUUCCAGGUAACCCAGGUGUGGUGGGCUUCUACAAGACAUACAUGUGGACACUGUAUCAGAAGUUUCUCCAGAGAUAUCCAGUGUGGGCUGUGAGCCAUGCUGGACACUGUAUGCCUCCAGAAAGCUUUGAUAUGAUUGAGGAUGCAUCUGUGACUGAGAAGGAGGAUGUUUUCGGAUUAGACGGGCAGAUUGAACACAAGCUGGCCUUCCUACGAAAGCAUGUGCCUCAGGGCACCAACUUGCUUCUGAUUGGCCACUCUAUUGGCUGCUAUAUCAUCCUAGAGAUGAUGAAGAGAGACCCAGAACUAAAGGUUGUGAAGGCGGUGAUGCUCUUCCCCACAAUUGAGCGCAUGGCCUGCAGUCCUCAAGGAAAAGUCAUGACCCCUGUGCUCUGCCGCCUGCGAUAUGCCUUCUAUUUGCCCAUCUUCCUGCUCUCUCUCCUUCCAGAGAGGCUGAAAGUCGGCAUAGUGCGUCUGGCCUUGAGGAAUUUAUAUGCACUGGACAACUCCAUCAUCCCAGCCACCGUCAGCCUGAUCAAUGUAGACUGUGCUGCCAACGGUAUGUACAUGGGGAGCCAAGAAAUGAGAUUGGUUGUUGAAAGAGACAACGCAACCAUACAUCAACACCUCAGCAAGAUUAUUUUUUACUAUGGAGCCACGGAUCACUGGUGUCCAGUAAAGUAUUGCCAUGAUAUCAGGAAGGACUUUCCUGAAGGGGACAUUCGACUAUGUGAAAGAGGCAUCCGGCAUGCUUUCGUCCUGGAUGCAGGGGAGGAAAUGGCUAAAAUGACAGCAGAGUGGAUCUCAGAUGACCUCAGGACGCUCUGACAGUGGCUAAACAUUUAGCAUUUUAACCACUUUAAUGUCUGCAGGCUAUAAAUUGUACCUGGGCCCCCUAUGAGUU